AUGUUUCUAUCGAUAAUCAGGCAGAAGCAGAACUUCUUUCCGCCAUUGUCGCGUUCUUCUCCAAGCUCGGCAUUACGUCCAGUGACGUUGGUAUUAAAAUUUCAAAUCGCAAGGUGCUACAAGAGGUCCUUGGACGCAAUUGAGAAGAUACCAAGAGCAGAGGUAGAGAAAGAGUUAACAGCGUUGGGGCUUCCCGUGGAAGCUGUGGAUACAAUUCUACGGGCUCUCACGUUACGUUCAAUUGAUGAUCUUGAAGAACUUUUAGGGUCAGACAACGAAGCAGUCGUAGACUUGAAGCAACUUUUUGAAUUGGCUCGAGGAUAUGGUUUUGAAGACUGGCUGCAGUUUGAUGCUUCUGUGGUCCGAGGUCUCUCGCAUAUUACACAGGAACAGUCUUUGAGGCCUUUGACAGGACAGGGACUCUACGUGCAAUUUGUGGAGGGGGCAGAGAUGACAAGCGUCUGUCUACAUUUGGGGGAGUAGACACUCCUGCCUGUGGAUAUGGCUUUGGGGACGCAGUUAUUGUCGAGGUGAGAACAUAGAACGCAGUUAUUGUCGAGAGACGUGAAGUUACUUCGUACAUUCUCUACGAAUUCUUUUGGAACCAGAAUCCAGGUUCUCACCCUUCAAUUUCAUUCACAUCUUGCAGUAACCUCCAUUCAGUUCGGACAGCUCCUUCUUCAACUUUUCACGAUCUUCCUGCGUUCCUGGUAAUUGCUCAUGGUCCGUUUAUGAGCAGAGUACUGUGGUUCGCUCCUUUUGCACUGGGCACGCACAUGCCUUCAAGUUGUUGUACUGCGACAGAUAGUUCAGAUUUCUCUGAGUGAACGGGGCUUGCAAAUCGAGGAGGGAGACUCUUUAAGCUCGGAUUCAGUUUGCCUGCGCAUUCUAAGGAGCAAUCGGUUAUUCCUCUCUGAAAGUGUAGGGCAGAAUGGAAGGAGCCGGUUCGUCCUUCCUCAGUCCCGCUGCUGAACUUGCGACACGGGGAAUAGACUAUGCAGACGAGGAAAUGGACUCCGCAGACGAGGAAACAGAGCUUCCCUCCGCUGUCCAAGACCUUAUACGGCGUCUGGGAGAGAAAAACUCGGACUACUGGAUCCGCGAUGAACCCAUAUUAAGUGGUCCAGAAGUUAAGAAAUUCUUCCCACCGCUCUCUACGAACACAGGGUGGCGAAGCCAAGUGCGCCUUCGAGUGCUGGAGGCAAUUGGAAGCUCCGCCAGCAGUUCUAAAUUCCUAUUGGUAGGAAAUAUUUGUGGCAGUAAUAUAUCGAGAUUGACCGCUAGCGAGUGGGAGGUAGUGUUGAGAGGUUUUAGGUCCAGCAGCGUUCUCGAAGAGAUGAGGAUUUGGGGCCUGGAAUGGAGUUCCGAAGCGGAUUUGGAGAGCUUGGGUUUACAGCUGGGGAUAAUUCUGAAUACCUCUAGUGUAGCAAAAUUGGAAAUACAUGACCAAAUUGAGUCCAUGUGGAACAGGACUCAGAGAUCAGGAUACCUCUAUCAGUCAGGAUUGACUGAGAGAUUUUUCUUGAAUCUCGCAUCAGGACUGCGAGAAAAUUCCCACUCGAAACUCACGUCUUUAGUACUACAUGACUCCUGGGGGAACGCGGUGAAGUUUAUCAUUGAGGUGUUGACCGGUCAUCAUCAAUUAGAAACUUUGAUUUUAGACAUCACCUGGGGCGGGGACGAGGCGACCGUUCGGCUCUUGUCCCAGGCUUUGAAGCAGAACUCGAGUUUAAAACAAUUGGCAUUAUGGCAAGUGAAGGAUGGAUGUGCCGCCUUAUUGCUGAACGCAUUGGCCGGAGAUGAUGGCAACCGAUCGAUUGAGCAACUUGAGCUGAAAGGCAUGUCUGGAAUCGGGAAAUGUUUAGCAGAAGUUUUCAUUUCCAAUCGAUCAUUGAGGGUUGUGACGUUGGAUUGGAUCUUCAUGGAUGUGGAGGAAUGGCGCUUGCUAGGCGAAGCCAUACGUGACAAUGCCACAGCGACAACUGUUUCCGUACAGUUUUCAAAUUUCAAAUUUACUAGUCAUGUAAAUUUCUUGGCAUCGUAUACACAUGUAAACUAUGUACUAGAAGAGUUUUCGUGGGCUGCUAGCUCUGAAGGGAAGGAACCCGUGUUGCAUCUUGAAUUGUAUGACAGUGAACGUGAUUCACUUUCAUACGUUUCAAGAACCUCACAGCUGUCAAAGCUCAAGUUUUUAGGUAGCGUACUCCGAGGGGAAAUCAAGUCUGUACAUUCUCUUAGUCUACCGUUACAUGGCAUCUAUCUAUCUCGCGGAAUGAGUAUAGAAGAUAUCCUUCCGAUCAAUAGAAUAACUGGAGAAACUUCAAGUCUGAAGAGACUGCAGUUACAUGGAAUCUAUUAUGUUAUGUGGUUAUGGAAGCACCUGGUUCAGUGCUUGCGGUGGAACACAAGUGUCAAUAGCUUGUCUCUUUGUUUCAGCCUAAAGAAGAAGGAGUUCAAACACGGAGCAUUCAAGGAUGGAGGAGAAUUGAAGGAGGAGUUCGAGGACGGAGAAUUCAAGGAUGGAGGAGGAUUGGAGGAGGAGUUUGAGGACGGAGAAUUCGAGGAGGUAUUCAGGGACCUGAUGGCUUUACUGCAAGCGAACUUGACUCUCCAGGAAAUAGAUGUAUCCAAGACCCCGUGGGCAAGGGACGGAAAGGCCGCGCUGAUUGAAGCGGCCCUCAAGCAGAACCAGGAGCGGGCCGAGUACAUGUCAGUAUUCACUGAAGCCAAACUACAAUUGGGAGAUGCAAAAGCUGGUCGACUCUUCUUAUGCGGCUCUCCUAGAGCAGGCAAGACUCAAUUGCGUCGAACUCUGAUGAAGAUAAUUCAAGACAAGAGCUGGUUUGGGGAGAGAUGUGAAGAAUUGUCAAGGACCAUUGGCAUUGAAGUGGAGUUUUUGCAAAACGAUGACAAAAUGCAAAUCUCAAUAUGGGAUCUUGCUGGACAAUCGAUUUUUCGUACACUUCAAAAUGUUCUCUUCCCUAAAACGAACGAAUUCUGUGUUUUUCUUUUUGUGUAUAGCCCUUUUUGUGAGGAAAAUUCUUUUCCCAAACCAGACAUUUGUUUCCAGACUGAGUUGGAAGGCUGGUUGACUUUCAUUGCAUCCAGCACUAAGGUCAUGGGCCAUAAUCUUCCACAAGUUCUUGUUGUGAUUUCACACAAGGAUAAGAUAGAAUCCACCUCUUUGACUUGGGCUAACUCCAUAGUGGAAGUACUCAGAAAAAGAUUCAAAAACUAUGUGGAUCUCCGCCCUAUUCAAGACUUUCUUUAUGUGAAUACUCGGGAAAAGAAUCAAGUGAUUCCUCUCAAAGAGCACAUUUUUUUCAUCUUUCAAGAGUUGUUGAGUCAAAAAUCUCCCCUGGUUCCUCAAUUGUGCUUUAAACUCUCUUCCCUUCUGCUUUCAAACAUCGAGAAGAACAAAACUUGCUCCCUUUGGUCAUUGGAAAAGUUUCAUGAUUUCUGCUUUAUACUCUCUUCCCUUCUGUUUUCAAACAUUGAAAACAAAACUUGCCCCCUUUGGUCAUUGGAAAAGUUUCAUGAGUUCUGUUAUCCCAGCUUGAAAGAACUCAAUCUACCAUCUUCUGUUGAUCAUUUAAGAUUAUCAAAAUCCCUCCUAUCCUACUUAAAUGAUGUUGGAUCCAUCAUUUAUAUUCCCAACUUUGAUCACAUUGUCGUGGAUCCGAACUGGCUUACAAAUUCAGUUUUGGGCGAGCUGAUAGCCAUGGGUCAACACUUUAAAGCUCAAGAGUCCAAUGCCUAUGAGAAAAUUAUGUCAAGUGACUCAUACACAAGCAAGGACGGAUUUGUGAGCGAGAGUGUUUUCACUCGAUUGAUAGAAACGUUUCUGGAAAAGCAACCACGCCUUCAAAACGUUGAUAGAGAGGUUAUUGAAAAGAUUCUUUUCAAUUUAGAUUUGGGUUUCAAGCUCGAAAAUUCUUUUCAAUAUUUCAUUCCCUCCUUCAUCAUGGAAGAACAGAAGCAGCAAGAAGGCGUGCGCGUGGUGUCGAUGUCAUGGGAGUCUAAGGCUGCGAAUCCAAACUUUGUCGGCAUUCGGAUUCAAUGCAAAGAUCAAAAAACAAUGUCACUGUCGGCUGCGUUUUUUCCACGUUACCAGAUGUUCAUGAGACGCAAGUUGAUAUCCGAGAUGUCUGUGCCAAUGGAAACUAUGACAUUCUCCCGAUAUUAUCUGAAACUUUUUCUUGAUGGUCACGAGAUUUACGUGGAGCAUGUUCAGAGUGAAGAGUCCCACUAUUACGUAGAUGUUCUGAUGUUAUGCUCAGAGCAUAAGUCAAAGGAGACGGCCAUCAAAUAUGUUUUGUACAAUAUUGUCAAGGAGUUGAUAUCAUUUUGCGCAACACCCAAUGGCUGUCCUUCGUGACAUUAGUGCUCGGCGUUAUCCAAACAAUUUGCGUGGAGAUGCUGAUUCCGAUUCAUCUCAGAGGAGCCAUUCUGAUUGAGGAGCUCAAAUCAAAGUUCUCUAAUAGCAUCAAUCACAAACUUGAGGAUAUUGCGUUGGAUAGGUCGCAAUUGGUGAAGGAGGAAGAGUUGCUCAACUAUGAGCAUACUUGGUCCCCGAUUCGAGGUUUGCAUUUGAAAACACCAUUCGAACGGGCUAGGAAUCUGCUGUGGGAGAGCGAUGUGGAAGCGGUUGUGAAUGAGAUCCGACUUAAGCGCAAUCAACAAGUGGAGUCAUUGCAGCAAAGCCUCAUCAGCUUGAACAAUGAUUUGGCUCAGACUCAUCAUGACAGCGAGAGCACGGUUAGCAACUCGAGUAUACCUCACAUAAAAGACUGCAAUCCAGCUUCAGCCAGCUGCUCGAGCCAGGCCAGCACAAGAGUGGACAUGCAACUUCUUUUGUCCGAAAUCCGCCGUGUGCUUGAGGAAGUGAGAUCAGUGAAGAGCAUUGUGCAGGGAUUAGAUGUAAAGAUAGGACAGAUUAUCUCUCUACAACAACAACUACAGUCAACAUUGAGUGCAUUCAUGUCUGAAGUUGACAGGAUCAUCGGGUAUUCAGAAUUGCAUCAGCAGUCCAAAAUGCCCAAGCGACCUUACAUCACGGAUGAUGUUGGCUAUUUCUAUAAGAUGAGUGCACGUUUGCAUAUGGGAAAAGCCCUUCGAUUACGCUUGAUGUGUGAGUCCAUCACUGGGUUUCACCCAGUCAAAGGUCAAGAAGGAUUGAAGCUGCGCGUGGAUCUGGAGAAUAGCGGGUGGAUUGCAAGAACUAUUGACAUUGCAUACAAAUCCGUGUAUUAUGUUGUAAAGUUUGGGGCCUUCUCGUUAGGCAAAACUAUUCCGCAGUGGGAUGAUUUACAAACCGAUAUUGUCAGGCUAAAGAAUAUUAGUGAUAUUGAUGGGUGGGCGAUUCGUAAUGGUGGGCGUAGCAUGCAGCUGAACGAAGCAUGGUUGAGGAUCGAGCAAACUCUUGCGCCUUUGCUAAAAGAUAAGUAUUCCGAAAUCUUCAAGUUGUAUCAGGUGAAGUACGUGAGACAACAAAAUGGUGGGCAUGCAUGGGUAUGCCAGGAGUGCAUGACAAAAGGACUUAUUUCUGGAAGUUUGACACGUUGAGAUAUUCAAGAGGUUAGAAUGUCAUUAUGCAAUUGACAAGCAUAUGUUUAGACCCUCUUGCAAUAUAAACCUUUGCAUGAUCUUCCUUACAGUUUUCAUUGGUACAGGCUUUUAGUAAGUUACGUAAUCAUGUCAAUCCGCGCAGUUACUCAAGAUCUAGAUGGUUCCUGAUUGUUACUCAACUUGUCUCGAUCAAUGAGCAGAUCAGAGCCAGAAGGACUGUCUGUUGUUGGGACUUCGAGACCCACAUCACUGUAACGUGGUAUAUUUUCAUAUUGUCA